AUGUCGAUCAGUAGUAGCCAGUUGAUUGCCUCCGUUUUGGCUGCUUCAUUUGCCACAGCAAACGCAUUAUGGGUGCCUGAUAAUGUGAAAAGAGCUGAAGAAUCAACAAAAGUUGAAAAUACCACUAAAAAAGAGGCGGCAUCUACUACGAAGGUACAGUCGAAACCCACAGCAGAAUCAAAAACGACAACGAAAGCAGAGGCUACAAGUAACACUCAUAAAUCAGCAUCCACUGCCAAGGAAACAGCCAGUGAUCACAAAUCAACCUCCACUACAAAGAGUUCAGAAACACAUCCAACAUCUAUAAUAGGCAGUGGAACAUCUGCAUUGCCAACUGGAUCCAGUAGCAUCACCACUUUCUUGCCUUCAGCAUCAUCCUCUUCACAACCAUCCACAAGUGGCGGUUCAUCCUCAGGUGGUAUCAUAGGUGGUAUUAUUGCAGCAGUAGUAGUUGUAGUUUUGGGUGCUGCUGCAUUUCUAAUCGUUCGCAAGCGAAAGAUAUCACGUCAAAAUACACGAGCUCACUUAUCGUCAAAACCUGAUCCAUUUACCAUGGGCUUUGGUAACGACUCUUCAUAUAACAACAACUUUCCUCCUCAACAGCAACAAUCCACGUAUCAGAAACAGCAAUCAACAUUUGAUAACUACGAGGUUGCUGCUAUUUCACCUAGCAACAAUGCUGCCAUACAACAGCCCAUCACUACUGCUGCAGCUGCCACAACUACCGCUACCACUGCAACGACUACGGCAGCAGCUGCCAAUAUAUCAUCUACUACACCACAAUCAUUAGGCACAUUUUAUGUCAUUGCUACUUAUAUACCUACUCUAAGCGAUGAAUUAGAGAUCGAGACAGGAGACCACAUAGAGCUCAUUGUGGAAUACGACGAUGGUUGGUGUCAAGGCAUCAAUGUGUCCAAGGGUUAUACCAAGGGCGUGUUUCCCAGACAUUGUAUUGAUUAUGCAACCGCACCUUCCAAUCAUGCUCCAAACCCAGAUUAUGAGAGAUCUAAACGUGUCAGUUCCAUGUAUCAAAUUAAAUAA